AUGACCAAGCCAAAGAAAAAAGCUAUGGUAGCAACAUGGAGUGAUAGCAACUUCUUCAAUGAUGAAUCAAAUGAGGGAAAAGUAGCCAACCUAUGUCUCACGGCUUUCGAUGAGCCCAAGUCAUCCUAUGUUUUUGCUUCUUCAGCAGGUACUGCACCUGGUAAAGAAGCAGAAACUCUUCUUAAAUGGAAAGCUAGCGUUGACAACAACACCCAAACAUUGCUCUCUUCUUUGUGGGUUGGAGACAGCCAUUGCAACUGGGUCGGAAUCACUUGCAACAAGGCUGGAAGCAUCACCAAUUUAAGCCUUCCAGAUUGUGGGUUCAAAGUUUCUCUGGGAAAUCCCUUCUCAGAUUCGCUUAUUAAAAGUCUUGAGUGGAUUUCCUUAGCAGAAAAUGAGAUCACUGGUCCAAUCCCCGCCUCUGUAGGAAGCUUGCAUUAUUUAUCCAAGCUUUACCUUAAGAGGAACAGACUCUCUGGUUCUAUACCUGAACAAGUUUGUAGCCUUUCCAAGCUCACCGAGCUUGACUUUUCACAAAAUAAUUUCUCCCGAAAUAUUCCAUCUAAUAUAGGAAGGUUAUUGAGUUCACUUUCUCAACUUAUUCUCAAAGCAAACAAUCUCACCGGUCCAAUACCUAUAUCUAUUGGAAGCAUGCACAAUUUGUCCCGACUUGUCCUCGUUGAAAAUAGGCUCAAUGUUUCCAUACCUAAAGAAGUUGGGAUGAUGAGGUCACUUGUUAUACUUGAUCUUUCAGUGAACUACCUAACUGGUCCUAUCCCACCAUCUCUGGGAAACCUAAGUAACUUGGUAUGGCUUUAUCUGUAUGGUAAUAACCUCCCUGGUUCUAUCCCCAAUGAAAUAGGACAGCUUGGAUCUCUUACCACAAUGCAGUUGUCAAGUAAUAAUCUCGCUGGUGUCAUCCCUACUUCCAUAGGAAACUUAACCAAAUCGUCUAGUCUUUACCUUUUUGAGAAUAAGCUUUCCAGGUCAAUACCUCAAGAGGUAGGGAUGCUUGUAUCUCUUAUAGAACUUAUUUUAUCUGAUAACAAUUUCUCUGGUUCAAUCCUGCUUCCUUAG